AUGUUGGAGUUUAUUAAUUUUUAUGUAACAUAUAAAACUACUGAUGCACUAAAUAUAGGGAAACUUUUAAGAGAUAGAUAUCUGGGAUGGAAAAUAUAUCAAAAAAACGUAUAUAAUGCAAUUCAUUAUGCCAAAAAAAAACUUUCAUAUGGAAAUGAGUUAGAUACAUCAAAUCUUUUGUUAUAUCUUUAUAACCUUAAAACUAAUGAUCCUAGAUGGUUCAUUGAAGCUAGAUUUGAUGCUGGAGCCAAUAGUACACAACAUGUUGAAGGUUUUAACAAAAAAAUACAUAACGGUACUAAGGCAAACUCCUCUUUAAUAACUUUUGUUAAGGAAAUUCAAGAUAUACUUGAUAAAGAAGCUGAAUUUGCUCGUGUAAAAGAGUAUAAACACCAAAUACCAACGGUUGGGCUUGCAACUAUACCAAAGACCUUUUUUAAAUCUUUAUAUAAUAUUGUAGAAGAAUAUCUUACAGAUUCAAUGUCAGUAUAUAUUUGUAAACAAAUGCAAAAUUGCUUUUUCUAUGAUGCUUAUAAGCUUGAUCAUAAAGAUUAA